CUUAGGCCACCAUCUCACGAGCACUGAUUUGCCUGUUUCGUAUAGUUGUCUUAUUUCGGUGCCUGUUAUUGUCUUCAAUAUUCUGUGAUUUAAAAGAGAUAGCAAAGUCUAGUACAUUCAUUUCCGCGAGCACUGUUCCAACACAUUCACUACCUCGAGCUCAGACUUCACGCCUGGCACCAUGGCGGAACCAUCCCCAGAGACGUUCACUUUCCUUAACUCCAGAAACCAAGAGCAAACCAUCGAAACCAAAGACCUCGUCACCAUUCUUCCGGACAACGACAGUAACAAUGGUACAACCUCGCUGAUCAUCCACGUCUCUCCCCAGCCGGCCGACUCGACAACCCCCCCAACCCUAAACAUCACCAAAGGAACGCCAACCUCAACACCACCACCUCAAAUCUCAUCUCCCCCGUCCCUCCCCUCGACCCUUGAAUAUGAAACCCACAUCAUCAUCUCCACCGGCUCAGGCACCAACCUGGCCUCCUCCUUCUUCAAGCAGGCCGUUUCCCCCCUCCUGCACGCCCUCUUCCCAAGCCUCUAUCCCAGAAACGUCAACGUCCAUACUACCGAAUCCGCAUCCAGCAUCCUGGACCUAACAAACCGCGAACUCCUCCCUGCAGCCAAUUCGGGAAGACACCUACUCAUCAUCCUGCUCUCGGGCGACGGCGGCAUCGUCGACCUCGUCAACGGCCUCCUCGCACACGGCCCCAACAGAGGAGAAUCCUACGUCCCUCCCAAACUCAUUCCCUUACCCCUAGGCACCGCAAAUGCGCUCUACCACAGCACGUACCCCCCAACUCGCCAGGACCAAACGUGGGGUCUCCGCUUCCUCUCCACCGUCCUCUCCUCCCCUGGCCAGCACCCAAGUUCAACUUCCACUCCCACUACAAAUCUCAUUCAAUGGCGCGCCCUCCCCACAUUCACAGCCACCUUCUCUCCGGGCUCCAAACUCCUCAUCGACGAAGCUCGAUCCUCCUGCCCCCUGCCCCGUGACGCCCACGGAACCGACACCCUGCACGGCGCAGUCGUCUUCAGCUGGGGCAUGCACGCCUCCCUCGUCGCCGACAGCGACAGCGCCGCAUACCGCCGAUUCGGCAUCGAGAGGUUCAAGAUGGCGGCCAAGGAGGCUUUGUAUCCUGCCGACGGGGGCAUGCCACAUGCGUACAAGGGACGUGUACUCGAAAGCGAGGUAUGGACGCCGUUGCAAGAGGAACAACACAUGUACGUGCUAGCGACGCUGGUAUCCAGGCUCGAGAAAACAUUCACCAUUUCCCCCUCCUCUACUCCCCUAGGUGACUCGCUGCAUCUCGUACGGUUCGGCCCUAGGAGCGGCGACGACGCUAUGCGUCUCAUGUCGCUGGCCUAUCAGGAUGGAAAACACGUCCAGGAUCCCGCCGUGCUGUAUGAGGGGAUCGACGGUUUACGCAUCGAGUUUGGUGUCGAUGGUGGCGAGACGGAGGAGCGGUGGAGGCGCGUUUGCGUCGAUGGGAAGAUUGUGGUUGUUGGGGAGGCCGGGUGGGUGGAGGUGAGGAAGGGAGAGGUGAGGGCGGGAGGGGGAAAGGGCGUGUUGGAUGUGGCUGUGUCGGUGUUGGAGGGCUAG